GUAAAUUUGGAAGUUAUCUCCCUUGUCGGCGAUAACUAUAUUUUAAUUUUAAUGGAGACACGAGAUCCUGUUAUUUGUUAAACAGUAACAAAACUGGCACCCGGUAAUACCUCUGAUUAUUGUGUGUCCAGAUCUCACAACCAGUGAAUUAAUUGCCUGUCUAUACACCCCGGACUAUCUGUCAGGCUGAGAAUCAUAAAACCGUUUAACUUCUAAACAUAUGAUGCCACUCAAACAAUGUUACAAUAAUAUUUACAAUCAUACAAAGCAGGAGAAAUAAGCAGAAAAAAUUACUAUUUAAUACUAUGUAUGCGACAGUCAAAGUGUAGCAGUAUCAUCAUGUCAGGGCAGUCAAAUAUAAAUGGUUUUACACCAGGAGAAAUUAACAAAACAAAAGUCAUCGAAGUAGAAACACUUUCUAACAUUACAGAAGAUAUUUUCAGAUCUGAAAUAUACCCACAGAGAAGACCUGUGGUAUUAAAAGGAUUGGAUAUUGGAUCAUGUACAGGAAAAUGGACAGUAGAUUAUUUAUCAGAUAUAGGAGGUUCAUCAGAAGUCAAAGUGCAUGUUUGUAAAACAACACAAAUGGAUUUCAUCAGUAAAAACUUCCUGUACAGAUCUUUACCAUUUGAUGUAUUUGUUAAACGGGCAGCAGAAGAAAUUCAUCAGGAAUAUUUUAUAGAUGAGAAUGAGAAGUAUUAUUUGAGAGCUUUGGGGGGAGAUCCGAGAAAGGAUGUAGCUGAUAUCAAACAACAGUUUCCCCAACUGGCAACAGAUAUCAAUUUCCCUAAUCUCUUUGAGGAGCAUCAGUUCUUCUCAAGUGUUUUACGUAUAGCCUCAAAAUCAACUCAAUUAUGGACACACUAUGAUAUAAUGGAUAACAUGUUAAUACAAGUGUCAGGUGAAAAGCGAGUUGUUUUAUUCAGUCCAACAGAUGCUAAUUAUUUAUAUUUAAACGGUGAUAAAUCUGAAGUAUUAGAUAUAGAUAAUCCUGAUACAGGUAGAUAUAGUGAAUUUAAUAAAGCUGUAAGAUAUGAAUGUAUUUUACGACCUGGGGAUGUUCUUUUUAUACCAGCUUUAUGGUUUCAUAAUGUGAUAUCUCUAGACUUUGGUAUAGCUGUGAAUGUGUUUUGGAAACAUUUAGAUGAUAUAAUGUAUGAUAAAAAAGAUCCAUACGGAAACAAGGAUCCAUUACCUGCUCAAAGAGCUACGCAGAUAUUAGACCGUGCUCUAAAAACUUUAGAUGAACUACCCGAGGAAUAUAGAAAUUUUUUCGCAAGAAGGUUAAUGUCUAGAAUAGAGCGAAAGACUUUUUUGAAGCCACCCGACAGUUAAAAAUAAAUUGCUCAUGUUAUA